AUGUACAGCCAUUCUCACAAAAACACAUAUAAAAGUGGAGACAAAACCAGCCCUAUAAGUGUGAUACUGGUUAGCUCUGGUAGCAGAGGAAACAAACUUCUUUUUCGCUAUCCCUUCCAAAAAGUCGCUGAGUGUCCGUCAUCUCUCUCAGCCAAACAGAGAAGCCCUUAUGCCCUGAACCCAACUGGAGACGUUAUUGAAGAUCAGGAUGGUGAUUCAAGGGAGCAAACUCCUCUAACUGAUGAACAGUUGGUAGCAGGGUUCUCAGACAUCAUCCUCGCCACCAUCCUGGCCACCAAGUCUGACAUGUGUGGAAAGAAGUUUGAGCUGAAGAUAGACAAUGUUCGUUUUGUGGGUCACCCCACCCUCCUCCAGCAUCCCCCCAUCAUCCAGGUCUCCAAAACAGAUCCCUCACCUAAAAGAGAAAUGCCUACAAUGAUCUUGUUUAAUGUGGUAUUUGCAUUACGGGCGAAUGCUGACCCGUCGGUCAUCAGCUGCAUGCACAACCUGUCCCGGCGCAUCGCCAUAGCCCUGCAGCACGAGGAGCGCCGCUGCCAGUACCUGACCCGAGAGGCCAAGCUGAUGCUGGCCGUCCAAGAUGAGAUCACCACCAUGACUGAGACAGAUGGAAGCCCCCAGUCUCCCUUUAGGCAAAUCCUUCCAAAAUGUAAGCUAGCACGGGACCUGAAGGAGGCUUAUGACAGACUUUGUACGACUGGUGUGGUGCGACUCCACAUUAACAACUGGCUGGAGGUCAGUUUCUGUUUGCCACACAAGAUCCACAGGAUCGGCGGCAACCACAUCCCCCCAGAGGCGUUGGAGCGUAGCCUGAAGGCUAUAAGGCCCUAUCACGCCCUGCUGCUGCUGGAAAGUGAGAAGGCUCUGCUCAGCCAGCUGCCUCUGGACUGCUCGCCCGCGAUGGUGCGGCUCAUAAAAACCUGCUCAGCGGUGAAAAACCUGCAGCAGCUCGCUCAGGACGCUGACCUGGCCUUACUUCAGAUCUUUCAAAUUGCUGCUCACUUGGUGUAUUGGGGAAAGGCAAUCAUCAUCUUCCCACUAUGUGAGAAUAAUGUGUACAUGCUGUCUCCACACGCCAACAUCUCCCUAUACUCCCCGCUGGCAGAGCAGUUUGCUCAGCAGUUCUCUGGUCGUGAUCUGCCCUCCAUGUUAGCCAAGUUCUCACUGCCCGUCUCACUGGCAGAGUUCAGGAACCCCCUGGAAGCUCCAGCACAGGAGGCCCAGCUGAUCCAGAUGGUGGUGUGGAUGCUCCAGCACCGCCUGCUCAUCCAGCUGCACACAUAUGUGUGCCUGCUGGUGCCCCCCAGCGAGGACGAACCGGGGACGAGGGAGGAAGAGCUUCCGCUGGCUGCGCGGGUGGGAGGCCGGAGUCUCAGCACGCCGAGCGCUCUCAGUUUCGGUUCGCCAACCAGCAGCGACGACAUGACCCUCACCAGCCCCAGCAUGGAGAACUCCAGCGCCGAGCUGCUGCCCGGCGGAGACUCGCCCCUCAACAAGAGGAUGACCGAAACGCUGCUGACCAGCCUGACGGAGCACGAGAGGCAGGUCAUUCUGAGCAUCCCCGCCGCGCAGAAUCCAGAGGACCUGCGGAUGUUUGCCAGACUGCUGCAUUAUUUCCGCGGACAUCACCACCUGGAAGAGAUCAUGUACAAUGAGAACAUGAGGCGCUCGCAGCUGAAGACGCUGUUCGACAAGUUCCGCAGUGUCCUUGUCGUGACCAACCAUGAGGAUCCAAUUAUUUCCAUCUUUCAGUCACCGACGGACUAG